AUGCUGGCACUCGCCAGCCCAGGCCAGCCCUUCCCGACCACCACCAACACCACAGCCAACUCAACCUACACAAACCCCCUCUUCCCAGGCUGGCACUCCGACCCAACCUGCAUCUUCGUCCCCUCGCACGACUCGACCUACUUCUGCAGCGUCUCCACCUUCCUCGGCUUCCCCGGUCUCCCCAUCUACGCCAGCAAAGACCUGCAAAACUGGAAGCACGUCUCCAACGCCUACAACCGCGCCUCGCAAUUCCCCGACAUGAACACGUACACGGGCCAGAACAACGGGGUCUUCGCGCCGACGCUGCGCUACCACGACGGCGUCUUCUACAACAUCGUCGUCAUGGUCGCGUGGGAAGGGCUCAUCUUCAAGACGACGGACCCCUUCGACGACGCCGCGUGGUCGGACCCGGUGCGCUUCACGCCCGCGUCCAUCGAUCCCGAUCUGUUCUGGGACGACGACGGCACGGUGUACGUGACGUACGCCGGCAUCCAGCAGUCGACCAUCGACCUCGACACGGGCGCCGUCUCCGACCCCGUCUACAUCUGGAACGGCACCGGCGGCGCCAGCCCGGAGGGGCCGCAUCUGUACAAGAAGGAUGGCUGGUACUACCUGAUGAUCGCAGAAGGCGGGACCGAGCUUGGCCACACCGAGAUCAUCGCGCGUUCGAGGAACGUCUCCGGGCCCUACGAGGCGUUCGAAGGGAACCCCAUUCUUACUAACAGCGGCACCGACGAGUACUUCCAGACCGUCGGCCACGCGGACCUCUUCCAGGACGCGGCGGGACACUGGUGGGGCAUCGCGCUGAGCACGCGGUCGGGGCCGGCGUGGACGAACUACCCCAUGGGCCGCGAGACGGUGCUGUUCCCGGCGUCGUGGGAGGACGGCGAGUGGCCGGUGUUGCAGCCUGUGCGGGGCCGUAUGGAAGGCUGGCCGCUGCCGGCGCCUACGCGAGAUGUGCCUGGCGAGGGCCCCUUCGUGGGGGAUGCGGAUGUCAUUGGCUUUGCGCCCGGAGAGGGCAUCCCGAAGCACUUCUUGUUCUGGCGCUUCCCGCCUGAGGGCGCUUUCGCGGUCAGCCCGGAGGAGGCGACGAAUGCGCUGCGGCUCGUCCCGUCGAAGGCGAAUCUGACAGGCGGAACGGACUUCGAGCCGACGGACGGCAUCACGUUCGUGGGCAGGAGGCAGACGGAUACGCUGUUUGAUUUCAGUGUUGAUGUGGCGGUAGAUUCUGCGGCGGGAGAGGAAGAAGAGGCGGGCGUGACGGUGUUCUUGACACAGGACCAGCAUUUGGAUCUUGGUGUCGUGCUUUUGGCUUCAGACGAAUCGGCUGGUCUGGCGCCGCAUCUGAGGUUCCGUGUCAAUGGGACGGGCAACAAUGAGGGACCUGCGCCCGAGACGGUCGUUGAGCCUGUGCCUGAGGCGUGGCUGGGCGGGCCGGUAAGGCUGUACGUCCAGGCGUUGAAUGAUACGCAUUACACCUUUUCUGCUGGUCCGUCGGAUGAGGCCGAGGAGGCGAAGACUAUUUCUCAUGCGCCUGCCACUAUCGUGAGCGGGGGCAGUGGUCCCUUUACUGGCACAUUAGUUGGAGUGUACGCAACGAGCAAUGGAGGCGAUGGAAAGACACCGGCAUAUAUUAGCAGGUGGAGGUAUGAAGGCAAGGGACAGAAGAUUAGCGACACGGAGAUUGUGCCAUCCAAGUAA